UCUUCCCCUGUGGCCCAGCGCUUGCUGCGACCGACUCGCGAGUUCACUGGGCCCGCGGCUGGCGCAUUCCCCCCAUCGUUGCCCCUCACUAUCUCCGACCAUCCGCCGUCGUUGGGCCCCGCUGCGAUGGCGGCCUCCCUGGGGGCCCGCGUGCUCCGGCUGCUGCCGCUGCUGCGCGCCGGCGCUGCCGCGGGGGGCGAGCCGCUGGGGGCGCCGCAGGCCGUAGGGGCCCUGCCCGGCGCGCCGCCGGGGUCCCCCCACGGCUCGCACUACAGCGGGUACCUGGAGGUGCCCUGGCCGGCCGGUAAGCUUGAGACGUUCUACUACUUCGCGCCGCACCCGGACCCCAGCAGGCCACUCGUUGCGUGGAUGAACGGCGGGCCGGGGGCGUCCUCGGUGGUGGGGCUGUUCGCCGAGCUGGGGCCCCUGCUGCUCAACGCCCGAAGCGCCCCCCGGCCGGGGAGAGAUGGCUGGGAGCUCUUUGCGAACCCGGACGGCUGGGGCGCGGAGGGGUCCCUGCUGGCGUGGGAGCAGCCCGCGGGCGUCGGCUUCAGCCGCUGCCCUGGCUGCGGCGACUGGAACGACACCAGCGCAACGAUGGCAAGCCACGCCUUUCUCCUCGCCUUCUACGAGGCCUUCCCUGCGGAGCGCUCCCGGCCCUUGUUCAUCGCCGGCGAGUCCUACGGCGGCAUCUACGUCCCGCUGCUGGCUAACCAGGUGCACCUUCACAACUCGAAGGCGGCGGAGGCGAUCCCUCUGCGGGGGGUGGCCAUCGGAAACGGGUGCAUCGGCUUCGGCGUGUCGGGCGCCUGCGGGACUGACUCGUUGGAGUUGCUCGUGGAAGUCCUCGAGACGGCCGCGCCUGGGGUGGACCGGAGUCUGCUGGCUCAAGUGCGUCAUGCCUGCAGAGGAGAGCUCGACAAAGGCCUGGGGCCCGCGGACUUGUCGACCGCGUGCAGGUCGGCAUUCAAGGAGCUCGAAGAGGAGAUUGGCGAUUACAACAACGCGUUGGCGGAUCACUUCGGCAGCCCGUGCGGGCCGGACGAGCAGGGCAAUUGGGGCGAUGGCUCCGCUUUCUCGUGCGGCUCGAUGGCGGCGACGCGGUCCUACUUCAACGACCUCGAAGUGCAGCGGGCCCUCCACGCGGUCCCCGCGAGCGCAACGGAGGCCCUCAAGUGGACGACGUGGGACGGGGACGCCCCCUUCUACAACAUCACCGUCGCCGACGCCCAGCCCGUGUACAGGGCCCUGCUGGCAGCCAACUACUCCAUGCUCAUCUAUCCCCGCGGUGGCGGACAACGGGCUGCGCGACACUUGCGUGCCCGCGAUCGGCGUGGAGAAGUGGGCCCCCCGCGUCUCCGGAGAGCCGCUGCGCCGACGCAAGUGGGGCGGGCCGGAUGGCGGGCUGGCCGGGCACGUCACGGAGUUCGCCGACGGCCUCACGUUCGCCACGAUCGAGGGCGCGGGCCACUUCGUGCCCGCGGACCGCCCCCGCCAGGCGCGGGCCAUGCUCGGGGCCUUCGUGCGGGGCGAGGCGCUCCCGGAGUACACCGGCAGGGCGUGCACGCCGCUGUGGCUGGGGCGCUCAGCCCAGUCGCUCUGCGGCGCGGGCGCCGCGGAAGCCCUGGGUGCCGAGACGCCGGCGGGGCUCGAGGCGCUGGUCUGAUGGGCCCUCCGCGGUGCGGGCCCGCGCUGAGGCGAAGCGCGACGCGGCGCUCCGAACCUGCAGCCGACGUCUCGGACCACAAGAGGAAA